UGGUCCAUAAUAUAUUGGGUGGGUGAGUGGCAUGGACACAAGUAGCGCGAAAAAGUGAAUAUCAUGAAACUAUCAAUCUUAGGCUGCAUCGUCCUUCUUGGGCAUGUCCUCUCCGUUGGAGCCGACGUCCACUCCUACGAUUUCGUGUUGAAGGAAACUAAUGUGACAAAGUCAUGUUUAACCAAGAGCAUCCUAACGGUGAACGAUAGACUUCCUGGUCCGGUGAUUAGAAUUCGCAAAGGGGACACCGUGUAUGUGACUGUGUAUAAUCAAGGAGAUUACGGGAUCACUCUUCACUGGCACGGAGUGAAGCAGCCCCGAAACCCAUGGUCGGACGGACCGGUAUUCAUCACACAGUGUCCGAUUCUACCGGGAUCGAACUUCACCUAUGAAGUUAUGUUCUCGGAUGAGGAAGGGACCCUCUGGUGGCAUGCUCACAGUGACUGGUCGCGAGCAACUGUUCAUGGUGCAAUCGUUAUUUUACCCAAGGAAGGAACCACUUAUCCUUUUCCGGAGCCUGACGGCGAAGAGAUAAUCGUGCUAGGCUCUUGGUACAAAGGGGAUUUAAAUGCAGAGGUGGACGAGGACAUGGCAGCCGGGACCGACGUGCCCCAUUCAGUUGGUUACACAAUUAACGGCGAACUUGGAGAUUUUACUAACUGCUCCGAUGACACGACGUAUCGUCUGUUCAUCGACUAUGGAAAGACAUAUCUUUUGAGGAUAGUCCAUGCAGUAGUGGAUGCGGAGCUCUUCUUCUCAGUAGCAGGACACAAUCUCACGGUUGUAGGGAUGGACGGCGCGUACGUAAAGCCAAUAGUAACAAGCUAUAUCAUGAUAAGCCCGGGACAGACGAUGGAUGUCCUUCUUACAGCUAACGGGCCUCCCGGGCUGUACUACAUGGCCAAUCGACAGUUUUCAAGCGAGGACCCUGAUGUCACAGGAUUCGAUCAUAGUAUUGGAUCUGCGAUCCUGCAGUAUAGGGGAGACUACAAUGUAUCGUCCUCCCCAAUUUUCCCGCAGAGCCUUCCCCCAUAUCUGGAUCUUCCAGACGCGAUGAGCUUUAUAAAGCAACUAAGAAGCCUGGCGAAUGAGGAUUACCCCAUAAGUGUCCCAACAAAUAUAACCACAAGAAUGUUCAUAACAGCGUCCAUGAAUGUGCUCUGCCGAAACAAAACAGGCUGCACUACAGCCAUUGGAAAUAUACUGUCCGCUAGCAUGAACAACAUCAGUUUUGCCAACCCGAGCGUAGACAUACUCGACAGCUACUACAGGAACAUAACCGGAUUUUACACCACAGAUUUUCCGGAUUGGCCAUUAACUGCGUUCAAUUACACAGCGGAUGAUUAUGACACCGAUGCGGUUUUUACAGAUCAAGGGACAAAGGUCAAAGUUCUAAAUUACAAUGAAUCUGUGGAGAUAGUGUUCCAAGGCACUAGCGUACUUAGCGGUUCUAUGAAUCACCCAAUGCACAUGCACGGCCACAGCUUCUAUGUGCUUGGAUUUGGGCACGGGAAUUUUAACGACGAGACGGAUCCUAAAACAUAUAAUCUGGUCGAUCCUCCUAAAGUUAACACAUUUGGAGUCCCUAAAAAUGGAUGGCUUGCCCUUAGAUUCACUGCAAAUAAUCCAGGCGUGUGGUUUUGGCACUGUCACCUAGAUCGGCACAUGACUUGGGGUAUGGACGCAGUUUUCAUAGUGAAAAAUGGAGAUACUGAGGAAACAAGUCUCCGUCCGCCCCCUCCCGGCAUGCCUCCUUGCAUUGGUUAUCCAGAUAACUCAAUCAGGAGAUGGACAGAUGCAAAUGAGGACAUGGUACUUUAAAUUAGUUUUAUCGACUCUGCAUAAUAAACGCAUUCCCAAGAAAACUCCACCAGAAAAAGAUGUUCCAAUAAAGUUUAGGUAAGAGUUCCUAUUUUGUAUCAAUUGCAUUGGUAAUUCAGUUAGUUGUGAUGGGAAUUCAGUUAUAAAUAAUUGCAUUGGUAAUUCCAAUUA